GAAGCGAGGACGGAGCCGUGGCCGCGUAAAUUUGGACGUUGUUGUCUCGGUGUGUCUGUCAUAUGAGUGGACCAUCCGUGGCUCCUUUCGUGAAAUUCUUCAGAGAAACACGGUUGGAUCAUCGGACGACAUCGCUGACCAACUGAUUCAUGUCAUGUCCGCAGGGCGUAAUGUGGAACAGCAGAUUGCCCUGCAGCAGCGUCCUCCAUCUCUUGCCAUGCCCUCCAUGGCCCAGCGGCCCAGGCACGAGCCGGGUUUCUUGCCCAUGCAUGGCGGCUUCAGGGACCGAUUUGUCACGACGCCUGAGGCCAAGUAUUGCUGCGAGUCUUGCGGGCUAGUGCUCUGUAACCCUCGACAAACUGAGUGUGGACACCGCUUCUGCGAGAGCUGCAUCACAGACUUGCUCAGUAAGCCUAACCCAGUAUGCCCAGCUGAUGUAGAACCACUCUUUGAAGAUAAGAUAUUCCGGGAUGUUUGCUGCUAUAGGGAAAUUAUGGCUCUGAAGGUCUACUGCCGAAGUGAGAAAAAUGGAUGUAAAGAACAAAUGAGUUUACAGCAGGUCAUGGACCAUUUGGAAGUUUGUCCGUACUUUGAGGUGCCGUGCCCCUUGGGAAAGUGCAAGGAGAAGAUGAUGAGGAAAGACAUGUCUGAGCACUUGAGCCGCAAAUGCAAACACAGAGAGAUAACCUGUGAAUUCUGCAAUCACAAGAUGGCCCUGACUGAGUUACAGAAACACAAAGAUACAGUCUGUCCUGCAUUUCCUGUAGCAUGCCCUAAUCAGUGCUCAUUUUCUUCCAUUCUAAGAAGUGAGCUAUCCAUUCAUCAGCAUGACUGUCCAAAGGCCCAGGUGACCUGCUCAUUUAUUCGCUACGGAUGCUCCUUUAAGGGGCUGAAUCAAGAGAUGAGGGAACAUGAGUCCAGUUUUGCGUCUGAGCACCUGAGAAUGAUGGUGGUCAGAAACACCACACUAGAGGCCAAGGUAGAGGAUGUUAAGAGCGAGCUGAUGGAGCGUUAUAAAGUUCUGCCCAGCCUCAGCAGUCGUCUUGCAGAGGUUGAGACUCAGAAUGAAGAGAUGAGAGAAAAGAUUAGGCAGCUGGAGCAGAAGGUUGUCAGUGUGCAGAUGUUGAUGAGCACUCACUCAGAGAAAAUGCUUGAGGUUGAAAUGGAGCUGCGGGAGCUUCGUCCUCUGCGAGUUAUGAGGGAGGAGGUGGAGGCUCUGAGAGGGUCCGUGGAGAGCAUGCGUUCAAUUGUAGCUUCUCUCGAUUCGGGUCGUGUUGGUUCCAGUUCUGGUUCUCACACCCUGGGCUCCUUGGAGCAGCAGCUCACACGUCACGAUGAUAUGAUGAGUGUCCAUGACAUCCGUCUGGCAGAGAUGGACCUGAAGCUGCAGGUGUUGGAGACGGCCAGCUUCAACGGUACGCUCAUUUGGAAGAUCCGUGACUACAAAAGACGGAAACAGGAAGCCGUUGUCUCCAAAAACCUCUCGCUCUACAGCCAGCCCUUCUACACGGGCUAUUUUGGCUACAAGAUGUGUGCCCGCGUCUAUCUCAACGGGGACGGAAUGGGUAAAGGCACACAUCUCUCGCUCUUUUUCGUGGUCAUGCGCGGGGAAUAUGACGCCUUGCUGCCAUGGCCUUUCAAGCAGAAAGUAACAUUAAUGUUAAUGGACCAGGGGCCGGCACGAAAACACUUAGGUGAUGCCUUCAAACCAGACCCCAAUAGCAGUAGCUUUCGCCGGCCCACUGUUGAAAUGAACAUAGCCUCGGGCUGUCCACUCUUUGUGGCUCAGACUGUCCUAGAGAAUGGAACCUACAUCAAAGACGACUCCAUCUUCAUCAAGGUGACUGUAGACACCUCUGACCUCCCAGACCCUUGAAUUCAGCUUCACUGGGUCCGGAUAAUAUCAAGUCACGUGGCCCUCCCAGCUAAGACUUCGAAGAGCAGGGCUGAGAGAGGCAGAACUCAGGACAGGUUUGGGUUUAUAACACUCCGAGCCAUCGGCUUGUGCUCGUGAGAUGGUGCGCUCUUCGGGAAACAACAGUGCUAGAUAGUUUUGGCCUUUUGAAGGAGAUUUAAGCAAAUGAAAUCUCCCAUGUCAACCACAUCUAAGAUGCAGUGAAGAGUAAUACAUCAACUCUAAUCAACCAAAAGAAUGUGAAUGUCUCUGGAUCUACAGGACGAGGUGAAAUGGAAAUGAACGAUGCCUAGAUGAUGUGUUGGUUGACUAACAUCCAGCCGUCAUGUUAGCCUUCAGUGUGUAUGAAUGAGUUUGAAGCUAAUGGUCAGCUCUCAUACUGGUUGUCUAGAAGUCUGGAAGGUAAUCCUUUAUGUUUGGUAAUUAUGGCAAGCUUUGUAUUGGUGGGUUUUUUUGGUGGUUUUGUACAAUAUGCAAA